AUGAGCGUGCAAGGUGAGCUUUCAUCACGUAAAGUGGCUGCCGGCAGCAGCGGCACUGCCACGGAGACAGUGGUUUCCAAACGUGCCAUCGAUACCAACGGUAACGUUUUCGAAGUUCCUGACUACACCAUUAAAGACAUUCUGUCAGCGAUACCCAAAGAGUGUUACAAGAGAGACCUGUGGUGGUCAUUGCACUACGUGGCUCGCGAUAUCGCCGCGAUCGUAACUAUCGGUUACGUUGGUACAAGCUACAUCCCGGUGUGGUUCCCCAGCAGCACGCUUGCGCGUGCUGCUGCCUACAUGGUGCAAUCGUACCUGAUUGGUCUUUUCGGAUUUGGACUUUGGAUUUUGGCCCACGAAUGCGGCCAUUCGGCGUUUUCGGACUCCAACUUGGUCAACGAUACCGUGGGAUGGGUCCUACACUCUUGGUGGAUGGUUCCUUACUUCUCUUGGAAAUUCUCGCACAGUAAGCAUCACAAGGCGACGGGUCACAUGACCCGUGACAUGGUAUUCAUCCCAUACACACAGAAGGAGUUUCUGGAGACCAGAAACAAGUCGAAGCUGAGCGAAGUCAUGGAAGAGACCCCCAUUGCCACGCUUCUUACCCUGUUGGCCCAGCAAUUGGGUGGCCUGCAACUGUAUUUGGCCACAAAUGCCACCGGCCAGCCAUACCCGGGUGUUUCCAAGUUUUUCAAGUCCCACUACUGGCCCACUUCUCCUGUUUUUGACGCUAAGGAUUUCUGGUACAUUAUUCUCAGUGACAUUGGUAUCCUAGCGACGUUGACGGCUAAUUAUAUGUGGUACAGAGCCUACGGCGCUCACGUGGUGCUGAUCAACUGGUUUUUGCCCUGGCUAUGGGUCAACCACUGGCUGGUGUUUGUGACCUUUUUGCAGCACACGGACCCUACAAUGCCUCACUACGACACCAAUGAGUGGACUUUUGCCAAGGGCGCCGCUGCCACUAUCGACAGAGACUAUGGAUUUGUGGGGCAACACAUUUUCCACGAUAUCAUUGAAACCCACGUCCUGCACCAUUACUGCAGUCGUAUUCCUUUCUACAAUGCCCGUAAGGCUACGUCGGCCAUUAAGGACGUGAUGGGCAAGCACUAUCGCUACGAGGGCGAAAACAUGUGGAGAUCCUUAUGGAAGGUUGCCAGGUCGUGCCAGUUUGUUGAAGACAACGAGUCUAAAGAUGGUGUCUAUAUGUUCAGAAAUACGAACAACAUUGGAACUUCCCCCGUCAGCGAAUGA